AUGACGCACGGAACACGUGCCGCGAUGGCGCACGGAACACGUUCCGCAAUGGCACACGGAACACGUGCCGCGAUGGCGCACGGAACACGUUCCGCAAUGGCACACGGAACACGUGCCGCGAUGGCGCACGGAACACGUUCCGCGAUGGCGCACGGAACACGUUCCGCAAUGGCGCACGGAACACGUUCCGCAAUGGCGCACGGAACAAGUUCCGCAAUGGCGCACGGAACACGUUCCGCAACGGCGCACGGAACGCGUUCCGCGCCGCCGCUUGGCGCACGGAACACG